AUGGCGAUGCAGAGCGUGGUAAACAAAGUAAAGUCGGCGGCUCUCGGCGUCGCUGACUCCCUCACCCCGGUCCUGAAGGAGUCCAAGUUCAAGGCGACGGGGAUGCUUACCCCCGAGGAGUUUGUGACUGCGGGGGACCAUCUCGUAUACCACUGUCCCACAUGGAGCUGGUCGGGCGGAGAGCCGGGCAGGAAGAAGGCCUAUCUCCCUCCUGACAAGCAGUUCCUAGCCACAAAGAACGGUAGAGCUCGAUUACCAUGCUACAGAAGGUGUAAGCAGAUGGCUCUUGUCCCGACCAACGAGAAACUCCUGAUGGUGGAAGGUGACGAUGAGGCAUGGGUGGACACCCAUCACGGAAUGGCUCUCGAGCAAGCUACAGAUAAACUGGUGGAAAUGACACUGGACUCUGUACCCAAAACCACACCCACUGAUACCUCGGACAUUCCACUGGUUGGCACGGCAACAGCCGACGAGGACGACAAAGAGUCAGACGACGAAGGCCCAAUUCCAGACAUGGACGACUACACUGAAGACGAUGACCCGGCCGUAGCUCCGGCAACGAAAUACGUAGCCCCGCCCACUGAAGAAGUCGGGAUUAUCCGCACACGAACCUAUGACCUCAACAUUACAUACGACAACUUUUACCGCACCCCUCGGCUCUGGUUGUUUGGAUACGAUGAGAGACAGAGACCUCUAUCGGAGGAGGGCACGUACGAAGACGUCAGUCAGGACCACCUGAACAAGACAGUGACCCUCGAGCAGCACCCUCACCUCCCCCCUCCUCCCCGUCUCUCGGUCCACCCCUGUCGUCACGCAGAGGUAAUGAAGAGAAUCAUGGACAUGGUUGCCGAGGACGGCCGAGAGCUCGAGGUCCACUCUUACCUCAUCGUUUUCCUCAAGUUUGUUCAGUCGGUGGUGCCUACUAUAGAAUAUGACUACACUCAGCAGCUAGCCAUCACCACAAGUACGUGACCACACCCACCAAUUAAAGCAGCAGUCGACGACACUAUAUAUAAUAGGAGUGCAAAUUGAACAUAAUUCUUGUGUGCACUAAUUGUCAUCUUGUCCGUGUGAGAUUUUUGUACAAAAACACAAAACACAUAAUAGUGGGGGCGUUCUGAUUGGAAUUGGAAAUAUUAUAGUCAAUCGGGUUCCGUUCCAAAGUAUCUGUCGCCGUAGUUACCAACUCCGGGCAAAAUAUGGUAGUCCCUACUAACCUACCUUUGGGUCAACGGCGGUAGUUAUGAUGCGGACGUGGGGAAAGCUGUAGGCCAGUGUCUGUAUUCCUAGUCUCGCUGCCAGCAUUGUCACAAAGAUGAUGUUCUCUUGAGGGACGUCGUGGUCCUG